UCUGGUCUGAAACUCUGUAAUAUAUCACUGUACCUCGUAAAACCGACACUAAAACUUCCAGGGCUGCAAAUCACCCAGGCAAAUUAUGAGUUCAUUGUAUUAUGCAAAUUCUUUAUUUACUAAAUUUCAGUCUGCAACUUCGUGUUUUCCAACAGUCUUUCCAGAGCAAAGUUCUUGCUCUUUCGCGUCCAGUUCUCAAAGAACCAGCGGCUAUGUGUCGGGGUCCAGUGGCACCGCCUUCUCCUCUUCAGUGCCGGGGCUGUACGGCAACGGAGGGGCCGUGCUACCCCAAGCCGAAAGCAUGUACACGGAGGGCUACGGCCUCCACGCCAGCGCCACCAACGUUCACUGCUCCCCGUUUGAUCGCAGCCUGUCCGCGAUGAGCGCCGGAGACCCGGCCAAACAUCCCAACUGCUGGAGAGCAGACCAGGGCGACUACCACCAAGAAAGUGAAAGUUUUCGGAUAUAUCCUUGGAUGAGAAGCACAGGAUCUGAGAGAAAGCGGGGUCGACAGACAUACACGCGCUACCAAACGCUGGAGCUGGAAAAAGAAUUCCAUUUUAACCGCUACCUGACCAGGCGAAGACGCGUCGAGAUCGCUCACGCGCUCUGUCUCACCGAGCGUCAGAUCAAAAUCUGGUUUCAGAACCGGCGUAUGAAAUGGAAGAAGGAGAAUAAGUCUGCCGACCAGAGCUCCAAUGCCGAAGAUAAACCAGCGGAUGACGAGGAAGAGGAUGAAGAACAGUAGCUUUUGAAAGCUUCUUUUCACUUUCAAGGAGACGAAUGUUAAAAGGAGAGAACGACUACCUUCCAAAAAUUUUCAAGUAAAAUUGAGUAGAACACUACCUAUCAUGUUUAUCGUUUUGUACAUGUGAGUAUGCGAGAUCUACCUAGAAAUGUAUCGUUUAGUUCUAGUAAAGAAUAAACAGAAGUAAAUUCUAAUUUAAUUUAUUUAUCUUUUCAUGUGAUGGAAAUUGCAUUGUCCUCCAAGAGAAGGCCAAUAUAAUGUCCUUUUUGGAUUAACUCGCAUGAGUAAUAGGCGAAAAGGGACCUUUUGUAGAAUUGUAGUUUUAUAGGCCUACAUAGCCUACUUCUAAAUUUAGCUACGUUUGUCUCAACAUUAAAGUGUACAUAUAUAUCUAUAUACUUGAUUUUCUGUAUAUGUAUUAGGCUGUUUAUAUUUUAAAAUUAUUGUGAUUAUUAGUUAUAUUUUCUGCAUUUAGUUCAGUGUACAAUGUUUGAUCUGUACAGUGGACCACCAUAGAUUAAACGUGUAAAUCUA